CCCCAGCCAUCCACCAUGGUGGUGGCGCACCCCGCCGCCACCGCCACCUCCACGCCCGCGGCCACCGCCACGGCCACCGUCGUGAUGACCACGGCCACCAUGGACCUGCGGGACUGGCUUUUCCUCUGCUACGGGCUCAUCGCCUUCCUGACAGAGGUCAUCGACAGCACCACGUGCCCCUCCGUGUGCCGCUGCGACAACGGCUUCAUCUACUGCAACGACCGGGGGCUCACCUCCAUCCCCGCCGGCAUCCCCGACGACGCCACCACCCUCUACCUGCAGAACAACCAGAUCAACAACGCCGGCAUCCCCCAGGACCUCAAGACCAAGGUCAACGUGCAGGUCAUCUACCUGUACGAGAACGACCUGGACGAGUUCCCCGUCAACCUGCCCCGCUCCCUGCGGGAGCUUCACCUGCAGGACAACAACGUGCGCGCCAUCGCCCGGGACUCGCUGGCCCGCGUCCCGCUGCUGGAGAGGUUGCACCUGGAUGACAACUCCGUGUCCACGGUCAGCAUAGAGGAGGGCGCCUUCGCCGACAGCAAGCAGCUCAAGCUGCUCUUCCUGAGCAGGAACCACCUGAGCAGCGUCCCCUCGGGGCUGCCCCGCACGCUGGAGGAGCUGCGGCUGGACGACAACCGUAUCUCCACCAUCCCACUGCACGCCUUCAAGGGCCUCAGCAGCCUGCGGCGCCUGGUGCUAGACGGCAACCUGCUGGCCAACCAGCGCAUCGCCGACGACACCUUCAGCCGCCUGCAGAACCUGACCGAGCUCUCGCUGGUGCGCAACUCGCUGGCUGCCCCGCCCCUCAACCUGCCCAGCGCCCGCCUGCAGAAGCUCUACCUGCAGGACAAUGCCAUCAGCCACGUGCCCUACAACACGCUGGCCAAGAUGCGUGAGCUGGAGCGCCUGGACCUGUCCAACAACAACCUGACCACGCUGCCCCGCGGCCUGUUCGAUGACCUGCAGAACCUGGCCCAGCUGCUGCUCCGGAACAACCCCUGGUUCUGCGGCUGUAACCUCCUGUGGCUGCGGGACUGGGUGAAGGCACGGGCGGCCGUGGUCAACGUGCGAGGCCUCAUGUGCCAGGGCCCUGAGAAGGUCCGGGGCAUGGCCAUCAAGGACAUCACCAGCGAGAUGGACGAGUGUUUCGAGGCGGGGGUGCAGGGCGGAGCGGCCAACGCCGCUGCCAAGACCACGGCCAGUGACCACGCCUCUGCCACCACGCCCCAGGGCUCGCUCUUCACCCUCAAGGCUAAGAGGCCGGGGCUGCGCCUCCCUGACUCCAGCCUCGACUACCCCGUGGCCACGGGCGACGGUGCCAAGACCCUGGUCAUCCACGUGAAGCCCCUGACGGCGGACUCCAUCCGCAUCACGUGGAAGGCCACGCUCCCCGCCUCCUCCUUCCGGCUCAGCUGGCUGCGCCUGGGCCACAGCCCAGCCGUGGGCUCCAUCACGGAGACUCUGGUGCAGGGGGACAAGACAGAGUACCUGCUGACGGCCCUGGAGCCCAAGUCCACCUAUAUCAUCUGCAUGGUCACCAUGGAGACAGGCAACACCUAUGUGGCCGACGAGACGCCCGUGUGUGCCAAGGCGGAGACGGCCGACAGCUACGGCCCCACCACCACACUCAACCAGGAGCAGAACGCCGACCCCCUGGCGGGCCUGCCCGUGGCAGGAAUCAUCAGUGGCGCCGUGGCCCUCAUCUUCCUCUUCCUGGUCCUGGGGGCCAUCUGCUGGUACGUGCACAGGGCCAGCGAGCUGCUGACCCGGGAGCGGGCCUACAACCGGGGCGACCGGAAAAAGGACGACUAUGUGGAGUCGGGGACCAAGAAGGACGACUCCAUCCUGGAGAUCCGCGGCCCUGGGCUGCAGAUGCUGCCCGUGAACCCUUACCACAGCAAAGAGGAGUACGUGGUCCGCACCAUCUUCCCCUCCAACGGCAGCAGCCUCUGCAAGGGCGCGCACACCAUCGGCUACGGCACCCCGCGGGGCUACCGGGACGGUGGCAUGCCCGACGUAGACUACUCCUACACAUGAUGCCAGCACCCGGCUCCUGCCUCCUCCUGGUGUGGCGCCUGUGUGGCUUUGACCAGCCUGCUGCCAUCUGACA